AUGGCAACACACCAAGAAACUAAUCAAGAAUUAAACAAGGCAAGGGAAUAUUAUGAGGUGGCGAAAGCAGAGUUGGAGAAGUUUAUGGAAGAGGAGAACUUGAAGUCAUUUGAAGAAAAGUGGGGAAUGGAAGUUUUAAAGAAAAAAAUGGAAAGGUUAGAGAAGGGGAUGGAUGAGAGGUGGUACCAGGUUAAGAAAUUACAAGAUGCGUUGAUAGAUUUUGGUAAAGAAAAAG